CGUGCGGGAGGGGGCGGGAUUUCCUGUCCAAGGGGAAGUAGGGUGAGGUAGGCGUGGGCCCGCGUCCGCAGCGGCGUCGGUGCUGCCGUUGCUAUGGCCGCCGCCGCCACCGCCACGUCUCCGGCUGAUAAAGAGAGAUUCAUCUGCAUUUAUCCAGCAUAUUUGAAUAACAAGAAGACAAUAGCAGAAGGAAGAAGGAUACCUAUAGACAAAGCUGUUGAAAAUCCGACAUCUACAGAAAUCCAAGAUGUAUGUGCAGCAGUUGGAUUCAAUGUGCUAUUAGAGAAAAAUAAGAUGUAUCCUAGAGAGUGGAACAGAGAUGUGCAGUACAGAGGCAGAGUACGAAUCCAGCUCAAACAAGAUGAUGGCAACCCAUGUUUACCUCAGUUUCCAACGCGUAAAUCAGUAAUGCUGUAUGCUGCAGAAACCAUUCCCAAACUGAAAACAAGAACCCAAAAGAUGGGAGGUAGCGAUCAAAGUGUUCAGCAAGGAGAGGGAGGCAAGAAAGGUAAAGGGAAGAAAAAGAAAUGAGCUCCUAUUUGGAAUAAUUGUUACAUCACACAGUUGUACUUACAAGUGUGGAUGGACACAUUACUUGCUGCAACUCUGAAGUGAAAAGAUACAAGCGAGAAAUAAACAGGGGAAGCUGAGUAGAACUGCUUGCUUUUAUUGGAACUGGAAUGCAUGUAGCUGCCUCGCAUCUGUGUAACAAUAAAUCUGUCUUCACACACAACCUUCUAGCAUCCACUUGUAAAGGUGGAAGAACGUAAGCAAACGGGGUGGGUGGGAGAAAUAUUACUUCCAGAAGAAAUAUGCAGCUUUGAAUAAAUAAAUAAAUAUUCUUAUUCAGACUUAGAUAUCUGAAAACUGGUUGCCUUAGUAAACCUUUUGUCUAUGCUAGUGAAGUGACUGUUCUAAUUCCAGAGGGUCUUUGUUGCUAACAGAAAAAUGUAAUUUUAUGGCUCUGUGCACUUCCCUUGCUAAUAAUCUUUCACAGCUGCCAAGUGUACUAAUAAAGGUGACAUGUUGAUUUAAAAAAAUAUAA